AUGUUGGCGCAACAUACCGAGAUGGAGUUGGCCAAGGUGAACCAGGUCAUGCACGCGGAUUCACCCGAUCCCACGGGUAGGGACACGGGCAUGAGCUAUGAACACACCAAUCGAAGACCGGCUGCCGUUCGUGCUCGAGCGUCCCUAACCGCACUCGCACCCACACGGCGAUACUCGAACCCUCAUCCCAACAGCCAACCUACUCACCCCCCUCCACCCAGACGUACGAGACAUAGCAUAGCAAUGGGUCCUGAGAGCAUGGUCGAGCGUCGUCAACGCCGAGUGGGAGGAGUGUGUCCGGUUUGCGAAGAUGACGUACCAGAAGGGUUGGAAGAACAUGUCGACAGAUGUUUGCAGGAUGCCGUUUUACCUCAUCGGGACCGUGAACGCGAACAUGUGGCAACCCCGCCCACGCAGAAUGAACCUGGUCCUGAAGAGCAAGAGCUCGUUCGUGCUACAGAUUUUACUGAUUUCCGAGGUACUGGCUACGACAUUCGAGACCGGAAUAUCCCAGAUGUGGAUGAAGAGCUAGACGUAGACGGGGACGAAGAUACGGUUCUAUACGGCGAAUCCCAAUUCUUCGAAAGCGACAUUAUAGCGGGGAAUGAAGCCGAGUCGGACUCGCGCCAAAUGUCUCCAGCCGAUGCCGAUGAACCGUCGGCAAGAUUGUUGCGCGAAUUAGUCGCAGCCAGAAAGAUGGUCUUAACCCAACGGGACGUGGAUAUUGAAGGAGAGGAAGAGGAUGAGAGGGUCAGUAUUGGGAGUAGCGCAGAUGCUAGCAUGACUUGGCCCCCUGCUCCCACUGCCGACGGAAAAGACGUGCAGAUCGAGGCAUUAUCAGCUCAAGUUAAACAAUUACCAGAUCCCAACCUACCGCCCUACUCAAAGGAAGAACUUCUGAAGGCACCAACGACACCGCACCCACAGUUUGCCGCAUUUGCUUAG